AUGGCGCCGACGUCGAAGCUGUCGAUUGGCAUCAAGCGCGCGUCGCGGUCGCACGCGUACCACCGCCGUGGGCUGUGGGCCAUCAAGGCCAAGAACGGCGGCGCCUUCCCCAAGGCCGAGAAGCCCGCCGCCGCCGCGGAGCCCAAGUUCUACCCCGCCGACGACGUCAAGCCCCGCGUCCCCAGCACCCGCAAGCCUAAGCCCACCAAACUCAGGUCGAGCAUCACGCCCGGGACGGUGCUGAUCAUCCUCGCUGGGCGCUUCAUGGGGAAGAGAGUGGUGUUCCUCAAGCAGCUCAAGUCCGGUCUGCUCCUCAUCUCUGGGCCUUUCAAGAUCAAUGGAGUACCGAUCCGCCGUGUGAACCAGACCUAUGUCAUUGCUACAUCAACCAAGGUUGACAUCUCUGGUGUUGAUGUCGCAAAGUUUGAUGACAAGUACUUUGCGAGGGAGAAGAAGCAGAAGGCGAAGAAGACUGAGGGCGAGCUUUUCGAGACUGAGAAGGAGGCAUCCAAGUCUCUGCCUGACUUCAAGAAGGAUGACCAGAAGGCUGUGGAUGCUGCUCUGAUCAAGGCUAUUGAGGCUGUCCCAGAGCUGAAAACCUAUCUUGGCGCCCGGUUCUCUCUCAGGGAUGGUGACAAGCCCCACGAGAUGGUCUUCUAA